UCACAGAGUGUGAUUGUUGUUGCUGCUGAUGUUGUUAUUGUCUUGGCCGUUGCUUGGACGGUUCUGAGUAUGUCGGUUCUUCUUGCGGUGAGUGGUGCGGCGGCAGGUGUGGGUGGGGUGCGGCCUGGCGGGGGGCUGGAGAGGGGGGUGGGACUCCGUGUGGGUGUGUGGUGGGGCGGCUUCUAGCGAGGCCUUGCUGGUCUUGAAACGACGAACGUACCUGAAGAGGGGACGCCAGCAGGUGUGUGUGUGGAGGUGUGUGUGAUGUGUCCUGCGCCCACCCUGCGCUGUGUGUGUGGUCGGAGGGGCCGUUAGCAAACAGAUUAUACGCGGCACUGCACAAGGGAGACACAAAUGUAACACGUGUGUGUGUGGUAUUGCCUUCUUGUUCUCUUGUGUGAGCUGUUGUUGUACCUGUGCUGUUUGUGGCCACUGGUGGGUGUGAUUAUUCGGCUCUCUCCAAACCCAACACACCCAUACCCAAACGAAGACGGGACGACAGAACCUGACAGAGAUUAUAGACGAGACACGAACACAUUCAUCGCCUUGCCAUCGUCCUGAGGGCACCUGAGCUGCCUUGGGUGUUGUUGCCUUUGUGCUGGUGGGUCUGCCACACGGACAGUGCCUCCUCCUCACAGUCACGCUCGCAAUCCUCAAACGC